CAAGACGCGUAUCCGAUGAGGAAGUAACGCGGCGACCAAUCCUACGCUACCUGUUAUUCACGAAGAUGGGCGCUACGUAGACGGCGCUACGGGAACUUCCAGCCAAUCAGGUGACCGUUCUCAUCGCCCGGCUCCCCAGGCGAGUGAAGCGGUGACUGCAGCUGAGUGCCCGGGACUGACUGGCAUCACACGCUGCCUGCCCAUGGCUUCCUGGAGGAGAGCGGACUCCCUGCAGCAUUCCUCUAAGGGGAGAUUUUCUUUGUUACUUUUGGAUUUGGAGGAAUACUUUUUUGAACAGCAUAUAGCACAAUAUAUCUCAAGAGCAGGUGAUGCAACAGAGAGAAGCAUAAGUGGAUCCCUGAAAAUAUGCUCAAAGUCCCUUAUAUUUGAACCUGAUAAAAUUGAAGAACCCAUACUUAAGAUCGCAUUGAGGGAUUGCUCAAAAAUUGAAGUGGAAGAUGAUCUCUUCAGGAACAGCUUGCACAAGCGAUUUUCUGUUGUUUGUAAUCAGGUUUAUCUCAUCAAAGAACAAAACAUUGUUGCUCCAUAUAAACUUCAGCGUGGUGGAGGCCAUUUUUUCUUUCAGCUGGAGAAUUCUAGAAAAGUGGAUGAUGUAGUACAGACCAUUUUACAGCUUCAAAGAGCUUCUCGACUAGAAAAACUUGGAGACCAGACAGCGAUGAUAACUGCUAUUCUGCAGUCACGGUUGGCAAGGGCAUCCUUUGACAAAAACAGCUUUCAGAGUGUGUGUGAAAUAUCAAACAUGGAAUGUGAAGCCGAGAUGAUAACUCCGCUGGUCUCCAACCCCGGCCAUGUGUGCAUCACAGAUAAAUACCUCUAUUUCCAGCCUUUGAAUGGAUACCCAAAACCUGUUGUUCAUAUUAGCCUUGCCGACAUUCGUCGAAUAUAUAAAAGGAGACAUAUGCUGAUGCCUCUGGGACUGGAAGUGUAUUGUACUGAAAAUGACCUGUGCUCAGAUAUAUACCUUAAAUUUUACAACCCUAAAGAUCGAGACGGCGUGUACUACUAUAUUGCUGCUUAUCUAGAGAAUCACAUGACGGAGCACACAGCAGACAGCUACAUGCUUCAGUGGCAGAUGGGCCAAAUAUCCAAUUACCAGUAUCUUUUACAUCUCAAUAACCUAGCAGAUCGGAGCUGCAAUGACCUUUCCCAGUAUCCUGUGUUUCCAUGGAUCAUCGCAGACUACACUAGUUCUCUACUGGAUUUAACCAUUCCUGAAACCUUUCGUGAUCUGAGAAAGCCUAUAGGUGCCCUAAAUAAAGACAGGCUAGAAAGGUUACAGAAGCGGUAUCAUGAAAUGCCAGAGCCAAAAUUUAUAUAUGGAAGUCACUAUUCCUCACCAGGAUACGUUCUCUUCUACUUGGUUAGAGUUGCCCCAGAGCACAUGCUAUGCAUCCAAAAUGGAAAGUUUGACCAUGCUGAUAGAAUGUUCAACAGUAUUGCCGAAACAUGGAAGAACUGCUUAGAUGGUGUAACAGACUUUAAAGAGUUAAUUCCAGAGUUUUAUGGAAGUGAUGGCUCAUUCUUGCUAAACAGUUUGAAUCUGGACCUUGGGAAGAGACAAGGAGGGAAAUUAGUUGAUGAUGUAGAAAUACCUCCUUGGGCUGCAGGUGUAGAUGACUUUCUGCAGAAAAACAGAGAGGCCUUAGAGAGUCAGUAUGUGUCGGACCACCUCCAUGAAUGGAUUGACUUGAUAUUUGGAUGUAAGCAGAGAGGAAGUGAGGCGGUUGCUGCAAAUAAUGUGUUCCAUCCAGUGACAUAUGAAGGAGAAAUUGACUUAAAAGGUAUUGAAGAUCCUGAUCAGAAAAUAGCAAUGCUGACUCAAAUUUUGGAAUUUGGUCAAACACCCAAACAGCUGUUUACAAAACCGCAUCCAAAGAGGAUUUUUUCAAAGUCCAGAAGUUUUUCUCGGUCAUCCAGUCAGAAUCUGUCUACAGUAGAGUCAGUUUCCCCAAGUGAAGAUUCAUUCGAAGACCUAACAGAAGAAAGCAAAACAAUUGCAUGGAGCAAUAUCACCAAAUUCCAAAUAGAGAGCAGACACAAGAUUCACAAAGAGGCUAUAACUGACAUUGCUGUAUCUUCAAAUGGAUCUUCAGUCUUCACCACAUCACAAGAUUCAACUUUGAAGAUGUUUUGUACAAGUCAGAAAUCUCUUCAAAGAAGCGUUUCAUUCUCAAAUAUGGCUUUGUCAUCUUGCGUCCUCUUGCCUGGUGAUACAACAGUAAUGUGUUCCUCGUGGGAUAAUAAUGUAUAUUUUUACUCUAUCGCUUUUGGAAGAAGACAAGAUACGCUGAUGGGACACGAUGAUGCAGUCAGCCAGAUUUACUGGUGUAACAAUAAACUCUUCACUGCAUCAUGGGACUCUACAGUAAAGGUGUGGAGCUGCGUACCCACUGAUGUGUGCGGGACCAAGAGAAACAACUUUAAACUGCUGGCAGAAUUGGAACAUGACGCUGGUGUGAACACAAUAAGUGUGAGCUCCGAUGGAUCCCUGCUGGCUUCUGGAACUAAAGAAGGUGUAGUCAGCAUCUGGGAUAUUGCAGAUUCCUGUGUGUUACAUCAGCUUCCUUGCCAUAAUGGAACGGUCCAUGACAUUGCUUUGAGUCCAGAUGUCAGACAUGUACUUUCUGCCGGAGAAGAUGGCUGCUUAAAGAUCAUUGAUGUCCAAACAGGCAUGUUAAUCUCUUCUCUGUCCUCUGGAGAAAGACAAAGAUGCUUCUGCUGGAAUGGUCAGACCGUUCUAUCAGGGAAUGACACUGGAGAAUUGCUCGUCUGGGACCUCAUUGGAGGAAGAAUUCUAGAAAGAAUGACCGGUCAUGCAGAUGCUGUGACAUGUAUGUGGAUGAAUCAGUCCUGCAAUACUAUAAUCACAGGAUCAGCAGACAGACAGAUUUUAUUGUGGAAGCUGCAAUAUUGAACGUUUACAUUCCAUGUUCACUGCUCCAGACUUGAAUUUUUUUUUUAAGUGAUGUUUGUUUUUAUGUUGUGUGGUGCCUGAGUGUAUAAUGCUGCUUCAGAGAAUGUGCCUUGACAUAUCACUAUUUUGUAAAAUCCGUGUAAUGUGGCCCUUGCCUCACAGAUUUCCUUUAUAGUACCUACAGUUUGUAUUACUGGAAUUGAUAAUGGUCCAUUACCCCCUCUUUUUGUAACUGAUAAAGUCUCAGUCUAGUCUACGUGGGGAACCUUCUUGUGCUCCUUUUGUUGUCUAGAUUACCUAUUGUCCCAUCAAGGAACAUAUCAACACAACUGGUAAUCCAGACCUUCUAGCAUGAAAGGAGGAGCGGUGUAUAAUAGUGCUGGGCGGUAUGACCAAAAAUGUGUAUCGCAGUAUUUUUAAGUUAUGGCAGUUCCACGGUAUUUAACGGUAUCCCCCGUGACCCACGAGCGCUCCUUCUCUACCCCACCCUUCCAAAAUCAUGUGUGACCCGCGAGCACUCCUUCUUCCCCU